GCAAACACGUAUGGUAUGGGGAUUGGAAUGCCCGUGGUAAGACCACUACCAUGGCAGUUGGACUGCGGGCAUUGAUCCGCUUGAUAUAUUGUCCCAAGCGUCUAUUUCAGACAUCAGACAUCAGACGUUGGUAGCGGAUGAAUGCUGGACUUCUUGUACAGUACCGGUAUCUGCACAAUUCCCAUCCAACCCAACCAACGCCAUCUUGCCACUGCGCCCAGAUAUCUCGAGCUCUAGCAUAGCACAGCACAGCACAGGUAAGGUACCAAAGUUACAAGGUUUCAAAGAGACCCGCACCGCACCUUCCUCUCCGGCCCCAGAUGCGCAUGCAACGCGGAUGCCCAGAUAAGGAAUAAGGAUCAUUGCCGUUGCUUGUCUCCUCCCGUACCUCGAAGCUUCGCCAUCAUCAACUUUGAGCACCCCGAACACAAAGAAGUCUCCAUCAAUCCGCGUCGGUGGGCAUCGCGACAAAGGGAGUGGAGUUGGGACGGUGUUGGUACAAUCAACCUCCAUGCGCCAAACGAGAACGAAUUACAACCACGAUAAGCGCGGGGCAUUGGGAUAAUAACAUGGCACGGGAACACGAGAACCUCCCAGCUUAUGCUGACUCGACGGGAGGCGACUCUUGGGGUGCACAAGAUUCAUUGAGACGGUCUCUGAGGAAGGGGAAGGGCAUUAGUACCGAAGUGUCUCCUCUGUUAAGCAGUGGAAGCGGAAGAAGCGAUAGCGACAGCGACAAUGACAAUGAAGGAGAUGAAGAAUUAGAAGGAAACACCAGAGUGUUGGAGUGGGAAGGUCAGGCCGAUUUUGAUGGUGUUCCCUGGUGGCGGAAACCCUCCGUAGGUUACUUCCGUACCGUACCCAUCCUCUGAUUGUGUUACGGAAGUCCCCUUUUACAAUGACUGAUUCUCAAAGGUUUACUGGCUCAUUCCGACUUUCUUUCUAUACGCGAUUGCAUUUGGGGGAAUCCUCGUUCCUAAAAUGAACCUUACUCUAUCCCUGAUUUGCCGCGAGUAUUUCGAGGAAAGGUCCAGUCUCGAUCCCAAAUUCAUCUCAGCACCAAUCAUACUCGGUGCGGAUAACGAACAAUGCCGUCAAAAUGAUGAGAUACAAGCUCUGGUAACCAAGUUCCAGACUCUUUUGACUGUCACGAUUGGUCUGCUCAGUGCCGUCAUGUCACCCAGGUUAGGAGCUCUAUCAGAUCGCUACGGUCGUACGAGGCUGCUAGUUAUAAGCAGCAUGGGAGGGUUUGUAUCUGAACUCGUCACUGUUCUAGCCGCAAGCUACCCGCAGACUGUCAAUUAUAGGUGGUUUUUAGCUGGUGGUAUAUUCGAAGGGCUUUGCGGCUCCUUUACAGCUGGAUUUGCGUUAACACACGCCUACGCUGCCGACUGCACAGCGCCCCCAAAGAGAGCAAUCACUUUUGGCUACUUCCAUGCCUGCCUGUUUUCCGGCAUUGCUUUAGGUCCAUUGGUGGUGGCCAUUAUCCUUAAAAAUGGUGGCUCGCUCUUGACCAUCUUCUACAUCGCACUUGGCAUCCAUGUAUUUUUCAUAUUGGCUAUACUUCUGAUUGUACCUGAAUCUCUCACCAAGAAGCGCCAAAUGCUUGCAAGAGAGAAGUUUGCAAUUGAGGUGUCUGGCCUUCAUCACAAUGAACGUUCUUGGAGAACCGUCAUGAGAAACGCAAACAUCUUUGAACCUCUCAAAAUCCUUUGGCCGACAGGACCAGGGUCAAGUCGCCGACUUCGAAUGAAUCUUCUUAUGCUGGCAAGCGUGGAUACCAUUAUAUUUGGUGUUGCAAUGGGGGCAAUGAACGUGAUUGUCUUCUAUUCUGGGUUCCGCUUCAACUGGAAAAUCGAGGAUACCAGUGCAUUCAUUUCCGCUACUAACGUUGUUCGAGUGACCGCCCUCGUUAUUAUUCUACCUCUGAUGAACUACCUUUUCCGAACCAGGCGAGCAAAUAAGCAACGCCGCCAAUCUGGAUUUUCGACACCAGAGCCCAAUUCAGGAUCUGAUAUGCUGGAUCUAUCAAUCAUUCGCUUUGCCAUCUUCUUGGAAGUUGUUGGAUACUCACUCUACGCUACUGCUACUAGCGGUGCUAUGUUUUUCUCCGCUGGUGUUUUUGCAUCAUUAGGUGGAGUUGGGAGUCCAACGUUACAGUCCGCCAUCACGAAACAUGUUCCUCAUAAUAAGGUAGGUCAAUUACUUGGGGCUACGGGGUUACUGCAUGCUCUUGCUAGAGUCCUUGGUCCUAUUACUUUUGGAUUCAUAUAUUGGUCAACUGUUGGGACGGUGCCCCAGACCGUUUUUGUGGUUCUAGCUUCGUGUUUUGGCAUUGCAUUCUUGAUUAGUUGGCUUAUUAGACCACAUAGUACGUUUAAAUCCUUCAUGGCCCCCUUCACGGUUGGUUGUUAUAGAGUGCUAACGAUGGAAUAGUUUACCUUGAGGAGACGGAUAUUGUGAUUCAGAGGAAUGAGAGGAGAAGCAGUGUGAUGAGUGAUCCGGAUAUUCUCGUGGAUGAGGAGAUUUUGCCGUUCUGAUCUGGAGACGGAAAUCGUUGUCAUAUCUAUUUCAUUUUCUGUACUUCUUCUUUUCUCCUUUCUUCUAUUCCCUUUUUCCUCCUCCGAUCAGCGUUUUUUUUUCUCUUUCUUUCUUUGAGUUCUUAGAGCAUACGUAUAUUUCGCAUGCCCGCGCAGCGUCGUCAGCGAUUUCGAUUUUCUUUUGCAGUCUUGGGAUAGAAUAAGUGGGAUGUGGUUCCCGGCGAUUUGUGAGAGAUUGUCCAAUUUCUUCCUUUCUCCUAUUUUGAUUGAAUUUUCUUUUCUUUUUGUUGGCAUUCGUGCACUUAGAUGGUGAAAUCGAAGCAUGGACUUUAGAUUUAGAAGGGACGAGCAGUCGAGAGAUGGAGAUUGAGAUUCAGAUUGAGAUUGAGGUUGUAUAUACGACGGAUAGGCAACAUGUAAGGUAGGAAUGGUACAAGUAAGUAGGCUUGAGGCACAGCACUAUCUAAGGAAACAGGAUGAUUAUCAAGUUUGUGGAUAUUCUCUGCUGUG